AUGUACAAACGUGGAUUUGGACCAGAUGGUGAGCUGUCCAGUUUGUCUAUAGAAGACCCAGAGGACGCAGAGCUGGCCUACACCAUGCGAGACCUCCCUCCCAGGACAGGCCACAUUUUCACUGGGCGGGACACACCUGUGAUGGACAGAGAGUCAGAGGGCAGUGCCCGCCCACACACUCCAGGUACGCCCACCUUCAUGCGUUCCUGUGGCAUGGUGAGAAGCUUCCUGGGCUCGGAGCCAGACCAUCUGCGUAGGGGCCAACUCAGCUCAGCAAGCUCUCUGGAUUCACCACUCAGCCCUUCACGACCCAAGAGCCCAUGGGGCCGCUUCGACCCCUAUGACUCUGCUGAGGACCAAGAUAAAGAGUAUGUGGGCUUCGCAACACUACCAAAUCAAGUGCACAGAAAAACAGUGAAAAAGGGUUUUGCCUUUACGCUCAUGGUGGCAGGAGAGUCUGGAUUAGGGAAGUCCACACUGGUCAACAGCCUCUUUCUGACAGAUCUUUACAAAGACAGGAAGGUGCCGAAUGCUGAGGAGCGGAUUGCACAGACAGUGCAUAUAACCAAACACACAGUCAGCAUCGAGGAGAAGGGGAUCAAGUUGAGGCUGACCAUCGUGGACACACCGGGGUUUGGGGAUGCUGUCAACAACACAGAGAGUUGGAAACCAAUUGAGGACUAUAUUGACCAGCAGUUUGAACAGUACUUCAGAGAUGAGAGUGGCCUGAACAGAAAGAACAUUCAGGAUAAUCGCGUCCACUGCUGCCUUUACUUCAUCUCACCCUAUGGACACGGUCUUAGACCCAUGGAUGUGGAGUUUAUGAAGGCUCUCCAUGAGAAAGUCAACAUUGUGCCGGUACUGGCUAAAGCAGACAGCCUUACACCAGCAGAAGUCAGGAGAAAGAAACUGAAGAUUCGUGAAGAGAUUGAGAAAUUUGGCAUUAAUAUUUACCAGUUUCCUGAAUGUGACUCAGAUGAAGAUGAGGAGUUUAAGCGUCAGGACCAGGAGCUGAAGGACAGCAUUCCUUUCGCUGUGAUCGGCAGUAACGUUAUAGUUGAAAACAAGGGAAAAAGAUUUAGAUGUCGUCAGUACCCUUGGGGCAUGGUUGAAGUGGAGAACCCUGCUCACUCAGACUUCCUAAAGCUGAGGAACAUGCUGGUGCGCACACACAUGCAGGACCUAAAGGAUGUGACGCGAGAGACACACUAUGAGAACUACCGUGCACAGUGUAUCCAGAGUAUGACCCGCAUGGUGGUACAAGAGAGGAAACGCAGUUUAUGCAACCGUCUGAGAGAGAGUGUCUCUGACUUACCCAUCCCUCUUGUACCCGUGGACAGUGAAACAGAGCGACUGAUCUGGGAGAAGGAUGAGGAGCUCCGGCGAAUGCAAGAAAUUCUUCAGAGGAUUCAAGAGCAGAUGCGUCACGGGCAUUAA